GCCGUUACAAUGAAAGGUUUUUUUGCUUUUUGUUUUAUCAUCGCCACCGCCGUUUUGGCUGAGGCCUACUAUCCAGAAGCUCCUCUCAGAGCUGGAUUAAGAAGAAGGCCUAAGGUUGUUGGUGGUACCGAAGCCGUACCUCAUUCAGUUCCAUACCAACUUGGUUUACUUUUGAAUGGAAGUUUCUGUGGUGGUUCUUUGAUCACAAAACGCUUCGUUUUGACUGCUGCUCACUGUGGUGUUGUCACCAAACACCCAGUUGUUGUUAUGGGAGCUCACAAAAUCACUGAAAAAGAACCAAACCAAGUUGCUAUGACUGGUAAAAAUGUUGUUGUUCACAAACAAUACUCACCAAACACCUUGAGAAACGAUAUUGCUCUCGUUGAAUUGCCCGAAGAUGCUCCAUUGAGCCAAUACGUUCAAUUGGUUAAAUUGGCCGCCGUCGAUGCUGGACUUUUUGUCGGUGAAACCGCUAGAGUCAGUGGAUGGGGUCGUGCUUACGAUUCUUCCACAACCAUCAGCCCAGUUCUUCGAGUUGUCGAAUCAAACAUUUUGACCAAUGAAGAGUGUCGAAAACGUUUUGGAUUCGCCGUUUUCAAAUCCGUCAUCUGUUUAGAUGGUUCUCAAAAGAAAAGCUCAUGCAACGGUGACAGUGGUGGUCCCCUUGUUGUCAAAACCGAAGAAGGAGAAGUUCAAGUUGGUGUUGUUUCCUACGGUAGCUCUGCCGGUUGUGAAAAAGGUUUCCCUGCUGGAUUCAGCCGUGUUACUUCUUUCGUUGACUGGGUCAAGGACAAUUCUGACUACACUGACUAAAUCAAAGAUGUUUUAUUAACUUCAAUGUCAUGAGUAUUUUAAUACUUGAUCUCUUUAAAUGAUUAUUAUUUGAAAAAUAAUUCAGCUUUGAAAAAAAAUAUUUUUAAAAUUGUAUUUAUUAUUUUUUUAAAUAUAAAAAUAAAAAAAUAAAAGCAAGAAAAAAUUAUGU